CUCAGUGCGAAGAGCUUUACAUAUAGUGAAGGGGGAGCAACUGGAAAACGUACACAUCUGAUAUAGAUACUCGUGAGAUCUUUAAAAGCUUCAUCAUGCAUGUGUUAAGGAUCUGCCGUGUGCUGUGUGUGCUUGGUUUAGUGGGUGCAUCCUUGUGUGUGAAUGAGGUUGAGUAUGAAGGGAACUACGCAGACAACUAUGACAACGAGAUAUCUCAGGACCAGCAGGAGGGGCGAACUCCAACCCCACCAUGCCAGGCUGCAAAUUUCUCUCGCUGGGACAAGCUUUUCAUCACUCUGGAGGACUCCAACAUGAGGCAGAACAUGCUCCUGGAGUCUCUGGAGCAAUGCUGUGGAGGAAUGGUCUCUCUCAGGACCCAGGUGGACAAGCUGGUUAAGGGGACAUGCCAGCAGUGUCUACCCAGGCUGGAGUCAGCGUGCAGAGCGCAAGCCGACCAGGCAAGUGUCAGGCUGCAACAAGGCUUGCUGGAGCUCCGGGAGGAGGAAGCAGAGAGGGAGAGGAGGUUAAACGCUACCUUGCACCAGCUUCUGCACAGUGGCCAUGAGGGGAACGCCCGGCUGAAGCGGCUGGAGGAAGGUAGAGGCAGGAUGGGGCACCAACCAACACCAAGACCUGGAGGAUUAGGGGCAGCAUUUGGCUCGGGGAUGAAGCCUUUUACAUCUGGCCUAAAGGAGCAGGAAGUGACUUUACCGCUGGACAUAGACACAAUGGAAAGGGCCCUGGUUGCCAUAGCAACAGAGCUGCAGAAGGUUCACCUUCAGCUGAGCAGAGUUAUAGAGCAGGCAGCAACACUGAGGAAGGACAGAGGAGACACAUAAUUUGCCCAAAGGGAAAAAAUAAUAAAAGAUUGUCUGGGCAUAAUCCAGUGAUAAUGAUUUUUGCACUUACUCAGUUUAUAAUGUUGUUUUUAAGGGGCCCUUUUUAAAAUUUAAAUGUGUGAGCUUGUUUUUGUCUGGUGACAAUGAAUUUAAAUGUACCAUGAAUGUUGUGGGUUUUACUAUAAUAAAUAAAAACUAAUGAAACAGCCCAA